GGAGCAGCUGCCGACAAGCUGCGUUAGUCAAUUAAAGAUGGAUACGCUGGCCCAAUCACGAUCAAAUGAAAUCACCCGCAACGCCGGAAUCCAAAUACGUCCGCCCUCAACUGUUCCUCGCACCUCCUCUGACCCUCACCGCGUUCCCAUUCCAACUCGACUGGGCGGGAGAUCUCUUUCUGCACCCCGAGAUCUGGAAAUCUGAUCUUAGCCGGUACGAAGAUCCGGCGGGGAAGGCAUCCUCCGGCCACCACCAGAUUCAUUGGACAUAGAGCACUCGACAUUGAUCUAUAUAUCUGUCUGCUUGGUUAUGUUGCUUUUAGCGUAAUAUUUCAUAACAUAAGGAAAUUCAUUGUUGCCGUGUGCGACUUGAAGUGAAGCACCAUGGGUUCAAGGUUUCCAUCACAUCAGCUGAGCAAUGGCCUGUAUGUUUCGGGUCGACCAGAGCAGCCAAAGGAAAAAGCCCCGACCAUGAGUUCCACGGCCAUACCUUACACAGGUGGGGAUAUUAAGAAAUCUGGAGAACUUGGAAAAAUGUUUGACAUUCCUGUUGAUAACACAAGACACAGGAAAUCUGGGCCUAUCACUAAUGCUCCCACAAGGAAUGGGUCCUUUGGAGGUUCAUCUGUUGUUGCUGGUGCUUCAGGUAGGCAGAGGUCCCAUUCUGGUCCACUUAAUAAACAGGGAGAACCAGUGAAGAAGUCUUCUGGGCCUCAAACUGGUGUUGCUCCUCUGUCUCGGCAAAAUUCAGGCUCCCUUCCUCCAGUGCUCCCAACUACCGGGCUCAUCACAUCUGGCCCUAUUUCCUCAGGUCCACUGACUUCUUCUGGAACUCCUCGGAAAGUAUCUGGUCCUCUCGACUCCACUGGAGUGGCUAAGCUACAGAAAACAUUCAUUGCAAAUAACCAAGCUAUUACGAAGCUCAAUCAGGAGGGAAACUAUUCUUAUAAGAAGAGCUUCCCCAAGAACUUGUUUUGGAGAGCUGUUAAAGGAUUUGUUGAUCGAUACCCAGAUGCAGAACUUAGAACAGCAAAAGAUGGUCAAUAUGUCAAGGUUUCAGGGGUUGUUACCUGUGGGAAUGUUCCUCUUCAGUCAUCUUUUCUGAACGUUCCUAGAUGUGUGUACUCAUCUACUUGUUUAUAUGAAUAUAGAGGUUGGGACUCAAAGGCUGCUAAUUCUCAGCAUCGGCGUUUUUCAUGGGGAUUAAGAUUUGUAGAGAGGCAUGUUGUCGACUUCUACAUCUCUGAUUUCCAGUCUGGGUUAAGAGCAUUAGUCAAGACAGGUUAUGGUGCAAGUGUGACACCAUACGUUGAUGAGUCGGUAGUUGCAGAUGUGGAUACUAGCAAAAGAGAAGUAUCACCUGAAUUUCUUAAGUGGUUGAUGGAGAGGAACCUUUCAAUUGAUGGUCAUGUGAUGCAUCUAAAAGAGGGGUACGUCAAAGAGGGGAGCACAGUUAGUGUGAUGGGAAUUGUUCGCAGAAAUCAUAAUAUUCUGAUGAUUGUUCCUCCCUCCGAGCCUUUCUCCACAGGUUGUCAGUGGACGAGCUGCAUACAACCAACGACCAUUGAAGGCAUCAUUCUGAGAUGUGAUGACAGUUCAAGUACUGAUGUUAUACCAGUUUAGCAACAUAGCACUUUUAAGGUUACCUCUUUUGCUCUUUUACUCUUUUACUCUGUUGUGUGCCUUUUGGAGAAAAAAUGAUUAGGAUUUCCCAUCAAAAUUUAAUUAUGGUGAAAUUUUAAUUUUUAAAUUUACUUUAAAAUAAGUGUAAUAUAUGAAUAAUAAGUCAACAUUCAUAUUGCAUUUAUUUUAAAAUAAAUUCAAAAAUUAAAAAAAAUCCUGAGGAUAUCCUCACCCAAUUUAUUUUUAUUUUUCUUUUAGCUGAGAUAACCUCCUGUUUUAUAUGUUUCCAAGGGAUUUGUAACAAAGCUUGAGAGGAAGGGAUUCGGAUCCUUUUUAAUUAGCAUGUUAACUGUACUGUUGUAUUUGCUGUAUCACAACCCUACGAUUCAUUUUGGAUGGCUGGGAUUUUAUUGAUCAAAAAUUUUUUUUUUUACUUGAACUAUUCUAUUUUGAUGGCUUCAAUUUAAAUGGCCUAAAGUGAAUUGCAGGGUUAUGAUAGGAUAGCUGUAUCACCAGUGCAAUGACUAUGAUAAUUAGAGAUGAUCCUAAUCCGAGAGGACACUUUUGACAUCUUGUCUCUUUCUUUCCAUAUGAAGAUUGAUUGUUUGAGAGUUUUUAUAGUUAAAUGGUUGUAUAAUAUUAAAUUUGGUUAAAGGUUCGAUAUUAUUUAAAUAACAUUGUGUAGUGCUUUUUAUCAAUGUAA